AUGUAUGUUUUGUUUCCGGCAUUUUCUCUUCCAUGAGCGUUUUGACUGUUACUCGCGUCAGUUUUCGCUCCAUUUAAAAUUUUAAUGAAUCUUAAUAUUCGACAAUCAGUCACCGAUGAAUAGUUUUGAAACUUUUACUCGAUAUUCAGUGUGUUGAGUCAUUAACUGAAGUAUCUUCAUUCAUUAACCAUCUUGAAAAUCGUGAUUUUGCCAGAAUAAACAAAAUCAGUGUUAUUAUUAUACAGUUAACGGUAAAGUACGCUUCUCCGCAGUGCGGCGAACAGAAAACAGUUGGAAACUACUUUUUUGAUAUGAUCUUCUCUGAUUACUAAAUCAACUGGUGAUGGCUGAGACUGAUGAAGUCAACGGAAACGUCAACUCGUCCACGCUACCUCGCAGUGCUAAAAGAUGCCGAAUACCUCGGCUCAAUCGGUCAACGUCCGUCCGAUUAAAGAACGAUGCUCUGGAGGGAAUUCGGUUCCAAGCCAGGCCAAAGUCCAUGUCUAUGUCCCGAGACUUCCCGAGCUGGCAGCUGGAGGACAGGUAUGGAAACAUGGGAUCCGUGGCCUCGAUGCCUUUCUCCAUAGAUGACGACAGCUCCGUGAAGAGCUUUGGCAGCUUUGUCAGCUACACGUCAUUCGCUAGUCAGAGUCAGUGCACCGAAGCAUCGGUGUCACGGCCCAUCAGCAGAUGCCAUUAUGGCAAGAAGUAUGUCCUGCACUGUGAUCGCCACCUGGCAAAGCCUGAGGAGUAUCUCACGCCCACCCAGAGAAAGGACAAAGAAAUAAGGCAGUUGAAAUCUUCCUUGAUGAAACAAACCAAAUCUUCUGAAGCCAAAGAUGCAGAGAUUGAAAGACUAAAGACUGAAGUUCAGAGACUGCAAGAAGCAAUAACUGAACUUCAAGAUAGCAAGCAUAACUUAAUGAAUUCAUCCCAAGAAAGUGAUAACUUAGAAGACAGUUUAAACCCAAAAAAUUCCACAUCUGUGAUCAGUUUCGAAAGCAAUGACUCUGGCCAUAGUGAGAUACAAACUGUAACCAGAAACAAUGACGAUAGUGGCAUAUCGAACGUCAUGUCUCUGUCCUUAAGUCCUAGACACAGCUCUGAGUUCGAGGACUUAGACCAGAGCUCUAAAGUUCGUACUGUCGAUAAAGCGGUGGGCACGGACUUGACUUUCUUGGACUGCUUGUCUCCCAUCAGAGCUUGCAGUGCAUGCCUCAGUUUGAAGGACACUACUCCCGUCAAAAGCAUCGUCGUCGCUGCUUCAGAUGUUGAAAAAUUCCCAGAAGAUUCAGAACCAACUCAGCCGAAACUUUCGAAGGAGUUCGAGAGCUUCCUUACCACUUACAAACAAGAGCUAGAUCUACUGAAAUCACAGCAUAAGGAACAUUACCAGGAUUUAAAAGAACGGUUUAACGAAAGAGUGGAUGAUUUGCUGCAGAAAUUAUCUGAAGCUAAUACUAGGUAUCUCGAAUUGCGUCCUCUGUUUGAUCGAGCACAGGAUAAGAUCCACAACAUAGAGAGUCAACUGACGGACGUUCAGAAGGACAUAGAGAACCAAGAAGACUACCAUAACCAAAUGUACCUAAAGAUGUACAGGAAAGGCCAAGAAACGGCCAGAUUCGAACAAGCUGAGCAAGCUCUGGACUUCACUCCGAGACACUCGAAGCGCGUUUCAGUCCCUGAUCUCUUGAAGCAGUUGCAGCAGCUGGAGCAUGAGCUGGAUCAGACGAAGCAACUGUACAGGGAGGCAGCCCGGGGGAUGGGAGACCGACAAGCAGAGUACACCCUGCGUUUCCUGAAAGAUGCAGUCUUCUACUUCCUGACCAAGAAGGACAAGGAGCACCUGAAAGCCAUCCAGAGCAUCCUCGGAUUCACGGAUGCUGAGAGGAUGGCCGUUGCCAAGGCAAUGAAACACAGGAGGCUGUGAGUGCAAUAAUUAAAUUCUGCUCACCUUUUAAGACUUUAAAAUGAAAAGUUGAGCCUUCCAUUCCCAUGAGAGAAAUCAGUGUUGUUGUAACAUAUGAGUGUUCUGCAUAACCCAUAUCUACUGAAAAUAUUAUGUAAAUUACUGUGUUAUAGUGGUAGUGAAAAGUCUACUUUUCCACUGAUCAUUAAGUAUCACUUUUUUUUUUUUUUUUAGAAAUCAUCUAUGUUAUAUGAUCAAACAUAUUCCCAAUACACAUAAGAAAUCACAAAACUUACAUUAAAACAAUAUUGUUACUGAUUUUAAUUUAAUCAGAGAAGAAAUUUUAGAAGAGUAUUUUAGUAAUAUUAAAAUAUAUAGUGAAGCUUUUUUUUUUCUUAUACAAAGACAUAGGAUUUUCUUUUUAAAUCCCUGAAAUUCAUAAGCAUUUUAAUUAUUGUAGGCAUUUAAGCGAGCAUUUUAAAAAGCAUUUUUCACAUUUUAAAGUUUUUAAACAUAUAAAAUUCAACCAAAUUUAAAGUUUUUAUAUUAUAGUAAUAAAUUUCACCAUUUUUAGUUGUUUCAUCCAGAUAUGUUUAUUAAGUGUGUUAACUAUUAUAAAAGUUAGAGAUUAUACUGAUUAAUUAUAAAAAUGACAUUUGAUGGGUCGAAAUACAAUACAUAUUAAAUAUAUUACCAUAUUUUUAGAAGAGAUUUUAAAUAUCAUGAGAGAUUCAAUAUUUAGUGUUAUUACUUAAUAUAUAUAAUAAGCUAUUCAAUCAUUCUGACUAUGCAAUCAAGCAUUAAUCCAAACCUAAUGUUUCCUUGCCGCCUAUCUAGUUCCUAUAUAUUAAUGCUUCUAAAGUCUAAGACUACCAGGUGCUCUUUUAUUAUACCUAUUAUAAAGAAGCUAUGUAAUAGUUAAAUACAAUAUCUUUUAUCUGAAAGACAUUUUAAUGAUAUGCUAUUUGGAUCGAGUGAAAAAUUAGAUCCUAUCUAGAAAUCUAUUACCUAAUAGGGUAUAAUGUAUUAUUAUUACAUUAAACCCAAUUACUAUGUAAAAAAUGAGCCAGGAUGGCUUAGUAGUUAGGCACUGGAUUGUGGUUAAGUGGCGGUUUUCCCUCAGUGGCAGCUUGAAGCUCACACAGUUUCAGAUCAAUAGAUACUAGCUUGUCAGUAAAGACAGCAUUGUGUGAUGUUGACCACAUUACCACAAAUGAUGCCGCUGGUCACAAAAUUGUGGAGCCUUAACUUACAUGACCCCCUGGCCCACAAUGGGCUCUUGCUGGAAUUGGGAAUGUUUCUAUUUAUGUUUGUGUCAAAACUAAUGGUAGAAAUAAUACACAAAUUAAAAAAUUUUCAAUUAAAAAUCAGCAUACUUUUUUUUGUUGGAGAGGUUAUUUAGAAAUCUGGACGCCCUGUGGCUGAGUGGUAGCGCUGUCGUGUCACAAGUCCUUUUUUCAAUUCUCGGGCCGGGCAAGGUUAAUUCAGCCUUUCAUCCCUUCAGUGGGUUCAUAAAAUGAGUACCAAGCAUGCUUGGAAAGUAAACCCUGGGGUUUUCACGUUGGGCUGACCACCCAACCGGAACAUCUGCUUCUUGCACCCUAGAGCCCGAAGGUCAAGAAAACUGAGAUAGGUACAGUAGGCCUUGGCUCUCUAUGGGCUGUUGCGCCACUGAGUUUAUUUAGAAAUCUGAUUUAAACCCUAACAGUUUAAUUUUUUGAUCCACUACCAUUUUACAUUAGAUGUGCAAUUACUUUUUAAUACAUCAGAUGAUAAACAGUUGCAUGCUUUUAAACUAAUAUACGUCCUCCAUCAGCAGCAGUUUGUGAUUUGCUAAACAUGUUAGCAACAAUGUUUGAUAAUAAGAUAUGAGCUAUUUACAAAGAUGUGGAGUCUGAUUGCUAUUUUUAUUUUGAACUUUUAAAUAAUACUUAUAAGUUUUAUUUAUACAAUAAAUUAAAUAACUGUUAAACUAAUUGCCGUUAAGAAAGAUAGUGGUUGAUAAAGUACGUGGACAGUUUAUUUUUGUAGAAAAUUGUUAUUAAAGUAACAAAUGAAUGAAUGAGUAUUUAAUGAACUACCGGAUCUUUGAAUUUUUAGUAAAUUGGUGUUUAAAUUUUUAUCAUGCUUUAGUUCCAUUUAAAUCUGUUUAUAUUUUGUAUCAUAUAAUUUGUUUGCAUUUAUUUUUGUAUCAUAGAAAACUCAUACUUACUCAUUUAUAUUCUUGAACAAAGAGGUUUCAAUGUGAGUCAAAACAGUAUUGAUUUCAUUAUUAUUUAUUUAUGUUUUGCAUGUGAAUGUUUAAUUUUGUUUUUAAAUUUAUGAUACAAAGACUGUUUUAAACUCUCCAAAAUUGGUGUGUGUUUGAAAUGAAUAAAUAAACAGCUAUUAUGAAAA